AUUAUAUAGCUCACACUCCUCAACUACUGAUAAUAUAACAGCUCACACUCCUCAACUAAUGAUCAUAUAACCGAUUCACAAACAAAAACAAAAGAGAAACAAAGUCACCCCAUUGCUGUUUUCCUUGCACCAUCGAAGAUCUCUUCCCCUGUCAACCAUUUGGUUCCCUUCAUCAAUUUCGGUCAAAACAAGAACGAAAAAAAAAAGAGUGAACAAGAAAGAACAAGGAACGCCCCAUGUGAGCUGCUACUGCCGUCAGUUCCUCCCACCGAACCACCUCCUUCCUACUCCCUGUUUGCAGUGGGCAUCCACCAUCGAUACAUCCAUAUUGUUGCAUUUCGUUCAUUCUUCCCUUAGUUUGAUCGAGCUCUUUUUCGUUUUCCUUUCUCCCAGUCGAACUCAAUGAACAAAACACUAACCUGAAGUCUCUAAUAUCCUCCCCUUCGUACCUCAUGGCUGGAGUAGAAGAAGAACAGAUUCACUGCUUCGUCUCUUUCCUUUUCUUCGGUCCAACCAAGCUUCGGAGGUUCUCGUACUUGCUUGACUUCGGUCGGCUACAAGAUGCACGAACCAGGAAGGUUCCUUGGAGAUCGCCUCCUUCCCUUUCCACCCCACAAUAAUCUGCCGGACGAGAAGAAGAAGCCUCGCUGCCUCUACUUCCCAUCUCUCCUUCGGCCUCGACAAUCCCCAGAGAUAUCCUCUGCGCCAUCGAUUAGAAAGAAACGGAUUAGCCGCCUGCGAGAUUCCUCAUGCCUCCGGUCUUCUUCGUGGUCUCCGACAUCCGAGGAAUCGGAAGCAGCGCCGACGAGCCCUUCGCUUCUUCCACUCUUCAUUCGUUUGCCUCGACUCACCCCCGAUCCAUUCUAUUUGUUCCAUCUGCAAAUGACGCAGACGGGAGGGUUUAAAAGCCCUAAUUUAAUUGACGUUUGGACCAUUAGACAAAAAUGGUCCCUCUAUGAGAAUCUUUUCCAUAAAAACCCUAAUCCCUUUUAAAUUCCUUCAAAAAUGAAAAUAAUGAACCCUCCUUUGACAAAACAUUUAGCAAUCAGUCCGAUUCUGUCAAGAAGUUACAUACCAGCCCCUAUAAUUUGUUCAAGUUAAAAAUCAGUCCCUCCUUGAUAUAUUUUAACCAAAAAAGUCCUAUGUUGGCUACAAUAAAUUACCAAACAGCCUCCAAUAGUUUGAUUUGUUGCAAAACGGUCCCGAGAAUACUUUAAAGUUCAAGAAUGGUGGAUUUGCGAUUCACAAGACAAGUUUCUUAAAAGAAUCCGAAUUCGGACAACUCGAACACACGCUUCAAGGGUGAGUCCUUACGGCCCUUUUUCAACAUUUUAAUUAUUUCGGAGGGGGAGGGGAUACAUGCACCUAUAUGUUUUAUUUAUACAAAUAUAUUAUCCUUUAUGCGAAAAUAAUAUAAAUAUAGUUUAUAAAAAUGUUAUUUAAAAUUUUAACAUCUUCUUACAAAUAACUAAUAUAAACUUUUCGUAUACAUAUUAUGGAUUUUUUAUCGACUAGUCCACACGACAAAUAUUACAUGAUACAAAAAUAUAUGAUUUUUAUAUGACAUUGUAUAUUAUGACAAGUACGUUAUAACACUUUAUGGUAUUUCAAUGAUUCAAACUAUUACUAUACAUGUAUAUUUAUAUGUUUAUAUGCAUAAAGUUUAUACAUGUACAUAUGUUCAUCAAUUUGAAACAUUCAUUUUUUUAAAGGCGAGCACAUUACACUUUUAGAUAUAUAUCAAACAUACUCGACUUUUAUAAACUUUAUACAAUGAUAUUCAUUACGCCUAGAACUUACCCACAAGUAAGUUAGGGCUGAGAGUUAUUCACAAACUUUUUAGUUGAAAACUUUUUAGUGAGACGUUACGUGAUUCAUUACCUGAGUUUAAACAUUAAACAUACCCAAACUACUAUAAUCGUUAAUAUUCGGAGCGAGAUACAUAUGUAUAUAUCUAUAUAGGGUUGACAUCCCCAUCUGCGGUUGCUAGCUACAACCUCGACUAGUGCCAAAAUGUGUAAUUUAGUCUCUUCUUCACCAAGUUGAUGGUUUCGCUAGAGAAAUGUUGAAAUUGUCUUAUGAUGUCCAGAGAUUUGAAACAUUGUUAACUGACAUUCAGGAAAAGAAUUUCACCUAUAAGAUACCGCUUGUUGGAUGGGAUGCAAUAUUAGACCUCGUCAAUUACUUUUUACGUUCCACUUAUCUCUACAAAAGUGACGUUUGUCAAAUAACUCUUCUGCGAAAUGAAGUGUUUUGAAAAACAUGUUUUUACCCAUUUAUCCCUACAUGGACUUUUUGACGCAUAUAUCACUAACCUAUGAAAUAAAUAAAAAACAAAAUAUGCCAAACAAAUACAUGAUGCUUUUUUCGUUUCAAAUGUUUCACAUUUUUUAGAUAUAUCCAUUAAACAAAUAUUAAAAAUCAAGUGAGUAAACAUUAAGAUGUUUCACAUUUUAGAAAUUUGAAUGUAAGAUUGAAAAAACAAGUAAUAUACUUUCAUAUUAAUUUAAUUUCAAUGCAAAGACAAGAACCGUUAAAAGUCAAUGAACUUGCUAAGAAAAUAAAAGAAAAAUAGGCAAUCUAUUGUUUAACUAUGUGACAUUCCACAUCAUUAAAAAGAAUCCAAAAAAAGUCAUUUUUUGCUAAGUUUAAUGCUAUUAAUGAUAUUCAUUUCUAGAACACUUCUCUACAAAUGAGCUACAAUGUAAGAAAAAAAUUCAAUAUCAUCUUAAAAUAAUCUAAAAUAAUAAUUGUAUAAAUGUACAAUGUUGUUAAUGAUUUUUUUUUUUUUGCAAAUUUCUGUACUAAAAACAAUUUUUUUUAUCAGAAAGCUGUCAUAUCAAUGACCUAUUAAUGAACAUUUACAAGUAUAUAUUACAUAAAUGGUGCACUUGUGAACAAAAUUACAUAAAUGGUCCAUAUUUGAGAAAAAAAAAUACAUAAAUGGUCUACAUAUGAAAGAAAAUAAACAUGCACUUUCCAUUAGCAAAAUGUUUUCAAAAAAGAAUUAUCCUAUUACUGAGCUCUAACGUUCAAAAUAAAUAAAAAACAUAAAAAAAUAAAAAAUCCAGGCUAGCUAAAAGGAGUACGAACUACAUUACCCAUGACUUACAAUUGAGAGCCAUAGAGUUUGUCUUAAAGAUUUAGAGACACUACCUCUAGGGAACGAAGUGUGUCGUGUUCGCCAACCACAAAAAGCCUCCCAACAAAUCUUUGACCAGAAGGAGCUUAACAUGACAUAAAAAAGUGUGUUAAGUUGCAAAAUGAUUACGAAUGUGAAAUUCGUUAGCAUCUUGGUAAAAUAAAUGUUGUAGUAGACGCUUUAACCAGGAAAGAACAAGCAAAGCCACUUCGUGUAAAGGCUCUAACCCUAACCAUCCACUCAAACUUCACCACUCAAAUUUGUGAUGCUCAACGAGAAGUAGUCAAACCCAAUAAUAUCAUGGAAGAAAAAAACUUCGUGGAAUGGACAAACGGUUCAGCCUCAAGGAAGACGGAACACGAUAUUUAAUGUUCACCCUAAAGUUUGGUGAAGUCAAGAGUCUAGUUCUAAACAAAGUUGAUAAAUCAAGAUAUUCAAUGCAUCUCGGAUCAGACAAGAUGUAUCUCGAUCUCAAGAAGCUUUAUUGGUGGUCCAAUAUAUAGAUAGAGAUUGCCACCUACGACAGUGAGUGCUUAACUUACUUCAAAUACAAAUCAGAGUACCAAAGCCGUCUGGUAUACUACAACAACCGUCAGUCCGGAUUAGAAAUAGGAAUAGAUGACCAUGGACUUCAUAAUGAAGCUGCCAAGAACGUCAAGUGUGACACCGUCUGGGUAGUGGUUGACUGUUUAACCAAGUCUGCCUAUUUCCUAGCUUCAAAGAAACUGACGAAAUGGAGAAACCUACAAGGACCUAUCUCAAGGAGAUACUCCGUUAGCUAUAAGGCACACUGGAGAUACUCUACUUACUGGCCUUAAGGGUAAUCAGGAAACAACGAAGAAGAUCGUUAAGAUAAAGGAACAAUUGAAUGCCGCACGUAGUCAUCAGAAAAGCUAUGUUGACACAAGACGCAGACCCUUAGAAUUCAAAAUAAGAGGUCGUGUUCAACUAAAGGUCGUAGUAUAGAAAGGUGUCGUUAGAUAAGCAAAACGAGGUAAACUAAAUCACUGUUACAUCGGACCUAUUCAAAUUAGGUUAAGGGUUGGUCCGGUGGCUUACAAACUCCAAUUACCUCAAGAAAUCAACAAAGUUCACAACACCUCCCACAUAUAUAAUUUCAAAAGUUUCUCUCUAAUAAGAAGCUUGUCUUUCCCCUUGAUGAGAUCCAGGACAACACUCAACUUCACUUCGUGAAGGAACCGAUGGAUAUCAUGGAUCGAGAAAUCAAAAGCAUCAAACAAAGCCGCAUACCUGUAGUAAAGGUCCGAUAGAACUCUCGCAGAGAGUCGGAGUUUACUUGGAAAUGCAGGGAUUAAACAAAACAAAAGUAUCCGCAAUUUUUCAGCGGUGCUCCCUCCACUAUUAGAAUGAAAUACUAGUAGAACAAAAUGAUAGUGGGACAAAAUAUUCUAGAACAAAAUAAUUUCGGGACGAAAUUCCCUUAAUGGGGAGGUAAUGUGACGUCCCGGAAUUUAGGUCAUAGACUGUUAACGGUCAAGUUCACAGUAAAUCUCUUUGUAAUUUUAUUCAUUGAGUUUUAGUACAACUAAUGUAAAUAAAUGAGUUAUUUCAACUAUUAUAAGAUAACAGAUGGUAUCUUACAUCAAAUUUAUUAAUUUGGCAAACAAAUCAAACAACUUAAGCGACAACCUUAGGAAUGCAUAUGAAAAACUAAAUUUUUUUUAUUAAGUAGUUUUGAGCAAUGCGAACACUGUAGUCUAGUAGUGUAACACCCGUGUUUUUCGGUUAGGCAUUAAUGACGAUGUAAUAGUCUAGGGUAACCUUUGUAACUCAUUUUGAAAUAAUAAGAAUGUAUUAUUUGAGUAUUAUGUGUUUUAUGCUUAAUUAUGUGGCCUAAUUGAAUUAAGAAUAAAAUAAGCGUAAAAAUAAAAUGUUAGAUAAGACCUAUCUCGAUACAUGAAUACGUAGUGAUCGUUACAAGGUUUCUGAAUAUAUAAAGAAUGCUGAAAUUUGAGUUAUAACGAAGAAGUUAUGACCUGUCGAAGUUUCGCGACAGAACCGACACGAUGUUGAAUGACGUAAAAUAUGAAUUUAAGAUCGAGCGGUAUCUAGCCUUAGUGAUCUAAAUGAAAGUCGUAGAAUACGUUAAACCGAGAACAUACAUAAAAUGAACGUCUAAAUUUGACUUCGUAUGAGGAAUUUAUGAUUUUUGUAAGUUUUGACUUAGCGGUAUACGGCCCGAAGUUCGGAUAUGAGGUUGAGUGGUUUUUAGCCGAAACAAUCUAAAUGAGAAUCGAAGAUUUCGUCGAUAGUAUUCCAACGCUAAAAAGACAGACGAAAAUGGACGUCAGGUGAAGAAAUUAUGAUUUUCUAACGGAGUUUUCCUGUCCCGGCCUACUAAAAAUAAUAUAAUAAAAAUAAAAUUCAAAAUUAGCCGACGGAGUCUAAACGGAAGUUGUAGAGCAUAAUCUCACCUACACGUGGAUAUAAAGAACAUCAAAAACAUAGCUCGUAUGCGAAAGAUAUGAAUUUUUGAAGUUUGAGGCACGCAUACCGAAGCUUAUCCGGAGGGAACGCCCCGCGUUCGUUUUGCUUGGCCUCGGAUUGGCCACGUUGCGCUCUAGUCGCAUAGCCAUCACUUCCGAAGUUCGUAAGCCAUGACGCUCCGGAACGCGCUGCGUUCGGAGGGUCAGCCUCCCCCCAUAAAUAGAAUGCAAGUUCUCCGGGAUUUGUUGCUCAUUUCUUCUCUCUCACUCCUUAUUGCCUCAUUUUGCAUGCAAUUUUUACCCCUGAAGCCCCGGUAACAUCCCGACACCCGAAGCGAGUCCCGAAGCCCCGAAGAUCCUGAGAAGUAAAGUUUUUGAGCCGUAACUCUGCCCGCGAGAAGCCCGGUUUUUGUGCAGAUCUCCCGGUUUCACCGAAGAAAUACUAUUGUUAGAGCCGUAGUGCUGUCCGAUCAUCUUCUUAUCAAGUGAGUCUAUACUCCUUUUCUUCUAACACAUAGAUACGAAGUAGUCUCUACAAAAUACGUGUUAUGUGUUUGUAUAUUAUUUGCUUAUUUGAAAUAAUUGUCGAAUGAAUGAUUUGUACAAGUUUUAAGUUGUAUAUAAAUGUAUAUAUUUUAUCUACUAAUAUGUUGUGUAGAACAUGGGUAGACAGUUGUUGUGUGAUGAAAUAAAAUGAUGAGAGGCGUCGUUGUCGAUGUUGUUGUUGAUCUAGUCAUCUAGCAGAGUAUGGAUGACGACCACAGACUCUUUCUAGACUGUCCAGUGGAACGCUGGCAGGUUCAUAACCUGUAGGUGUUGUGAACGAUGUGUUCACCGGUGUACUCUAUCCCCCUCAUGGUUGCCUUUAGGACAUCUAUUGUUGAGGAAACCCCUUCGCAGUAACGUCCAUCCCGAUGAAAAAUCCUAAAUUAGGUCCCUUGUGAUAGUUGUUGUUUUAGGGACGUAAAGUGAGGAUAACGGGAAUGAGUAAUCGGGUUAUUGUUGGUUGGUGAAAUUAAAUAUAAUUAUUUAUUAUGGGUUGAAAACCCUAUAUGCUCACCAGGCUCCCAAGCCUGACCAACUCAAUCUUAUUUGCAUUACAGUUAGUGGCGCGAGGGCAUAAGAUGGAUGAAUCAUCAAGAUGUUUUGUUUAUAGGCCUGUAGUUGUAUAUAACUGUUGUAAGGCUUAUAAUAUGCCGUUUAUGCUUUUGUGUCUGUAUCGAAACAUGACAUCCCGAGUUUUGUUAUAUAUAAAAAUACAUUUUUUUAAGGAUGCUUUGAUAAAUUUUAUUUAUCAUAUUUUGUUUUGGGAACAAAUUUCGCAACUCUUUUAAAUCAAAGGAUUACUCUGAAAAUUAUUUUAAAAGCAUAAAUUAAAUUGGUCUUUUCUGGUCGUGAUUUUGGGGAUUUCGCAGUUGGUAUCAGAGCAUUAGUUUAAGCGAACUAGGAAUUUGUAGGAUUUCUAGACUUGAACUUAGAAUGUCAAGUGAAGAUUGUGAGAUGAGUGUUUGUCAUAUUUUAGACACGAGCACUAGUUUAUUUUAUGAAAGUUGCCUAAAAUGCUUUUAUGUGCUAAAUGUUAUAUGUUUGCCAUAUAUGAUAUCAUUUGUUCGGAUCUACGGUUUGUUGUCAAUCGGAUAUGGAGACCUUAUGUGUUUAGGAUUCUAAGCGUAUGACGACGGUAUUAGAACUAACAUGUAAACAUUUCAGAGUGAUGAGGAUGAUUUAAUUAUCUAUCAUGAUCGAGGAUAUAUAUUCAUCUUAAUUAGCGUGUAGAUCAAAAAAUGGUAAGAACCAGGAGUAGCAUUGGAAACGCAGAUGAAAACAGGAAUCAACCACCUGUGAUUGAACGAGUACCUGUUGUAGCAGCAACACCUAAGCCAAUGAUAAUGGCUAGGGUACAAGCGAUGAUCCUAACGAUGUUGGAUUGCCAAAUGGAAGAAACUAGAUGUCUGCUUCAGCAGAAUCGCGAAGAACCUUCAAUGUCGAUUGAACAGCCCGAAUUGAAUGAAGGGCAUUCGGAAGGAGGAAACUUCAGUGGGACUGUUGGUCAAGCCAACCCACCAAUUGUUAGGAAAGUCAACCAGGAUGGAGGAAAUAAUGGGUGUGGGUGCAAGUACAAGGAUUUCAUGGCAUCCAAGCCACCAUGUCUAUCCGGAAGCCCGACGCCGGUAAAAGUUAUAAACUGGAUCUCUGAAAUGGAGACAAUAUUCGAGAGUUGCGAAUGCAUCAAAAGACAGAAGACCGCUCUUGCGAUCCCUAUGUUGAAAUCUGGAGUGUUGAGUUGGUGGAAGCUAUUAACUAACUCUAUGCCCAAUGGAGAAGCAAGCAAGGUGUCUUGGGAAGACUUUGUGGUGCAACUCAAAUUGCAAUACUGUUCCGAGCAUGACCUUCUGGAAAUCAAUAAUGAGUUUCAGAAUUUGAAGAAGGGAAAAUUGAGCGUUAAUGAAUACGCUGCAAGUUUCACAGAAAAGAUGAAGCUUAUCCCAUACCUAGUACCAACAGAACUCUCAAAGGUCAAUAAGUUUGCCCUCGGACUACCAGCAGAAUAUGGUCCAAUGGUUAAGCAAGCAACCACAUUGAAAGCCGCCAUCUGGGCUGCUAGAAAUGUUGAGACCCAGAUCAGGGAGAAGGGUCUGGAGAUGUCUAAGGUUGGUGAGAAGAGGAUGUUAGAUGGACCUUCAGGGUCCAACAAGAAAAGUAAAUUCUCGAAGUCUAGUUCGAGAGGAGGUGGAGGAGGCGAAGUGAAAUGGUGUGACAAAUGCAAGAAGAAGCAUCUUGGGAAAUGUGGCGGGGAAGCCACAUGCUUCAAAUGUGGGAAGCCAGGGAACUAUGCCAACGAAUGCACCCUUACCAAGAAAGUUUGCUAUGUUUGUGGUGAGGAGGGGCACAUCUCGAGGGAUUGUCCGAAAAAGAAGGAGGCAACAAAACCCAAUAUUCUGCCAAAGCCGAAGGCGAGAGCCUUCCAGAUUACCUUGGAAGCUACUAAAGAUGAAGCUGAUGUCGCUUCAGGUACCUUUCUCGUAAACAAAUUGCCUGCCCAAAUUUUAUUUGAUUCUGGAGCCAACUACUCCUUUAUUUCACAUGAAUUUGGUAGAAAACUAGUUUUGUCUGUCGAUAGACUAGAUAAUGCUUUAUUAGUCGAAGUUGCUAGUGGCAACUUUAUACUUGUUAGCCAUCGCAUGAAUAACAUCUUGAUUGAUUUGAAUGGGAAUAAGUUCCACGAGGAAUUAUUUCCCAUUGAGUUGAAUGGUUUCGACAUCGUGCUGGGAAUGGAUUGGCUUAGCGCCAAUGAUGCCGAAAUACUAUGCAAGAAGAAGAUAGUAAAAGUAAAUCCCCCUGGGAAAGAGUCAUUUAUGGUGUAUGGGGACAAAUGCAGAGUAAAUUCUAGAAUCAUUUCUCUAAUGAAAGCCAGAAAGUGUUUAGCCAAAGGAUGUACAUCAUAUUUGGCAUUCGUGAUUGAUGCAAAGAAGGAGAAAAAGGAGAUGCAGAGCAUUCCUGUGGUGUGUGAGUAUCCGAAAGUAUUUCCCGAAGAUCUUUCUGAAUUACCACCUGAUUGACAAGUAGAAUUCUGUAUUGACUUGUUACCAGGAACCACGCCAAUAGCAAAAGCACCGUACUGAUUAGUACCAAUAGAGAUGAAGGAGCUGAUGAUGCAACUUCAGGAGUUAUUGGACAAAUGUUUCAUUAAGCCUAGUUCAUCACCCUGGGGAGCUCCGGUGUUAUUCAUGAAAAAGAAAGACGGGAGUAUGAAAAUGUGCAUCGAUUACAGAGAGCUGAACAAGGAAACAAUAAAGAAUAGAUAUCCGUUACCAAGGAUUGAUGACCUGUUCGAUCAACUACAAGGUUCAAGUUAUUUUUCAAAGAUCGACCUAAGGUCAGGAUAUCAUCAGCUGAAGGUGAGGGAGCAGGAUAUCGAAAAGACUGCAUUCAGAACACAAUAUGGACACUAUGAGUUUUUGGUUAUGUCGUUUGGACUAACCAAUGCUCCAGCAACAUUCAUGGAUUUAAUGAACAGAGUUUGUAAUCCGUUCCUUGAUAAAUCUGUGAUAGUGUUCAUAGAUGACAUUCUGAUUUACUCGAAAAUCCAAGAGGAGCAUGACAGACACUUGCGAGAAGUGUUAGAAGUCUUGAAGAAGGAGAAGUUGUAUGCUAAGUUCUCCAAAUGUGAUUUUUGGAUUCGAGAAGUCCAAUUCUUGGGUCACGUGGUCAACCAAGAAGGGAUAAUGGUUGAUCCAAAAAAGAUUGAAGCUGUGAUGAAGUGGGAACAACCAAAAAGUCCCACAGAGAUCCGAAGUUUUUUGGAAUUAGUUGGAUAUUACCGAAGGUUUAUCUAAGGCUUUUUUUUCGACCGCUACUCCAUUAACAGAUUUGACUAAAAAAGGAGCUACUUACGCUUGGAGUGAUAAGCAUAAAGAAACAUUCGAGUUGCUAAAGAAGAAGCUAUGUGAGGCACCGAUUCUUUCUCUACUCGAUGGAGUUGAAGACUUCGUUGUCUAUAGCGAUGUGUCUGGUGUUGGGUUGGGUUGUGUUUUGACCCAAAGAGAAAAGGUGAUAGCAUAUGUGUAAUGCCUGUAGACCCGUGCUGGUUAAUUUAGAGAUAAUAGGGGUCAGAAACGAAUUUUCUACAAAAGAUUAUUUAGAAUAAAUAAUCUUAACCAAGUUGUAGAAUAUGUCUCAAGGGUUCCGUACAUAUAAAGAACGCCGAAAUCCGAGUUAUAACGAAGAAGUUAUGGCCCGUUGAAGUUUUACGGCAAAACCGGCACGACACCGGGAGAUGUAAAUAGUGAAUUUACGAUGGAGGACUUUUUAUCCUUAGUGAUCUAAAUCAUAGUUGUAGUAUACGUUAAACCGAGAACAUCCAUAAAAAGAACACCCAAAUCUGACUUUGUAUGAGGAAGUUAUGAUUUUUCUAAGAUUCGGCUUAGCAGUGCACGGCCCGAAACACGAAUUUUAGUUCGAGUGGUUUUUGGCUUACACGACCUAAAUGAUAGUUGAAUAUCUCAUUAAUAGGAACUCAACAGUAAAAAGACAGACGAAAACGGAGUUCGUAUGAAGGAGUUACGAAUUCUUCGCGGUCAUUUAACAAUCUAAACUCCUCCUACUGUUAAAUUUACAAUUGGUCGAGAAUUAGCCAAUGGAGUCUAAAUGAAAGUUGUAGAUAUUGUUUUUACCUACGCGUGGAAAAAAAGAACUUCGAAAACGGAGCUCGUAUGCGAAAGUUACGGGGUUUAGAAGUUGGCAGGGUGCUGCUGCAAAAGGAGUGACGUGGAUGAAUAUGAGCCUAGGCUUUCUCCCCAAGAAAAGCCAUCAGGUGAUGACACCUGGCACCGACUCGGUGAGUCAGUGAACCGAAUCAGCGAGUCCAUCAGGAAUUCAACCUAUAAAUAGAGGUGCCGGGUUCCAUUCAUUCUCACACCUUUCCAAACUAUUCUUUCUCUCUCUAGACUCUCUCUAGCCCCCUAACCCCCCCUAAAAGCCUAGGUAAACCCCCUAGCACCCGAAGGAAGCCCCGAGGCUCUUAGAUUCCCAAGAAAAGAGCCUUUCCGCUCGAGAACGCUGCUCCAGCGAAGCCCGGUUUUCGGGAAAACCCGCUGUAAGUGAGCUACGCCUACCCUAUCUUUAGUAUAGCUUAUGUUUCAAUAUAGUAAGGUUAUUAGGGCCUUAUAAUAAGUACUUGGGCUAUUAUUAUGGGUUACAUAAGUAUUGUUUAAUGAUUAUAUAAUAGUAAUAAUAGCCAGACUAUUAAUUAGUCUUGGUAAAUAUUAGACUAAACUCUAGUGGUAAUGAUACUAGGUUUUGUCCGAGGAAAAUUGUGUUGAGAGUAACGAAGCGCUGUCUGAGUACCGAGUCACUACCGUAUCAAGUGAGUGGAUGGUCCAUUUCAUCUUACACAUAUACUACGUGCCAUGUGUGCAUAUUAUCUGGAUACUUGCUGUCUAUGUUGGAUGAAUGAUUUUAUACAUGUUUUAAAUGAUUUAAACUAUAUAUUUAUUUUAUAUCUAUAAAUAUGUUGGGAUAAAACAUGGGUAGAUGAAAUAAAAUGAUGAGAGAUAGGUGAUGAUAAUUAGGUGAGGAUAGAUAUGUGAUGAUGAAUUGGUGAUGUAGGAUGAAAGAUACUAUAACCUUGUCCGACAAUUUGGAGAUGUAGUCAUCUACCAGAGUAUAGAUGGCGACCACGGAUUGUCAAAGACAACCCCGUGGAAACACCAGCAGGCUCAUAACAUGUAGGUGAUGAAUUACGAGUUCAGGCGAUGUUGUAACUACAUAUUGAUGCAAUGAUACUCUAACCCCUUACUAUGAACUACGAGUUCAGGCAAUGUUGUAACUACGUAUUCAUGCGAUGAUGCCCUAACCCUUGUUGGGCACGAAUUGAGGGAGUAAUCCCUGAUUUAAUACUGUCUAUGAGAUGUAGGCGAUGAUAUUUAGGGAGAGUCCUUAGGAACAAACAUAUAAGGAUAUGCGAUGUAAGGAGAUGAUAGGUAAAUAUGAUGUAGGAGACGACCCUUAGGAUAAAUCCUUAGGGAAGGUACUUAGGAAUAAAGAAGAUAAUGGGGAUGGGUAAUUGGGUUAAUUGUUUGAUGAUUAAACAUAAUAAUUAUAUUAUUGUGGGUUGAAAACCCUAUGGACUCACCAGGUUUCCCAACCUGGCCACUCAGUUUAAUUGUAUCACAUGUGUCGAUAUAAAGCUACACUAAACUGAGAGAUUAAGGAGAUGUAAAUCACUAGUGAUAAUGAAUGUAAGUUCUGUUUAUGCUUAUGUUUCUGUAUGGACGAUGCCAUCCCAAAUGUUUUAAAAUGAAUAAAAGUACUUUUCUUCGGAAAUACUUUGAUAACGUAUUUAUCAUGUUUUACUGGGAACAAAUUCCGCAACAUUUUUAUUAAAGGAGGUACUACGAUUUUUAUAAAGCAUAAAAAAUCAGUCUUUUUUGGCCGUAAAAAUGGGGAUGUCAAAAUACGCGUCUCGACAGCUGAAAGAGCAUGAAAAGAACUACCCCACUCAUGAUUUGGAGUUGGCAGCGGUAGUAUUUUCUCUAAAGAUAUGGAGGCAUUACCUCUGUGGCAUGAAGUGAAAACUUUUCACUGAUCAUAAGAGUCUCCAAUAUCUCUUUAAUCAGAAAGAAUUGAAUAUGAGGCAACGACACUGGCUAGAGUUACUCAAGGACUACGACUGUGAGAUACUUUAUCACCCCGGUAAAGCAAAUGUCAUUGCUGAUGCUCUCUGUCGGAAAGUCAAUCUUGAAAGAAGAAGGCCAAGAGCGUUGAGAAUAGAAGUUGUAUCGACAAUUAUGGAAAGUAUAAAGAAAGAUCAAGAGGAAGCUUCUGAAAAAGAAUGACUGGAAAGAGGAACGUUUGGGCAAAACGUUGGUGUUUGGAACAAACGGUCAUGGACUGAAGGUAUUCCAAGAUCGUAUUUGGGUACCUAAGUCAGGAGGAAUAAGAGAUCUUCUCAUGGAAGAAGCUCACAAAACCAUGUACUCAAUUCAUCUCGGUAGCACUAAAAUAUAUAGGGAACUAAAACCCUAUUACUGGUGGCCAACGAUGAAGCUUGAUAUUGCAAAGUAUGUGGCGGAGUGUGUGACAUGUGAUAGAGUCAAGGCACAAAAUCAGAAACCAUACGGGAGUUUAGAACCUUUACCUGUGCCGAUGGGUAAGUGGGAAAACAUUGCCAUGGAUUUUGUCACUAAACUGCCCAGAACAAAGAACGGUUACGACAUGAUUUGGGUGGUCGUAGAUCGCUUCACUAAGAGUGCGCAUUUCAUAUCAGCCAAUGAGAAAUGGUCUAUGGAUAAACUUGCGAAUUAUUACGUGAAAGAAAUUGUGAGGCUUCACGGUGUUCCGUUAACGAUUGUGUCAGAUCGUGACAGUCGUUUCACCUCGCGAUCUUGGAGAAGUCUACAAGAGGAAUUGGGUACCAAGUUGUGUUUAAGUACAACUUACCAUCCACAGACUGAUGGUCAGAGAGAGCGAACGAUACAAACGCUUGAAGGAUAUGCUGAGAGCAUGUACUCUGGAAUUCCAAGGUAACUGGGAUGAACAUUUACCUUUGGUAGAAUUCUCCUAAAAUAAUAGUUUCCACUCGAACAUAAAGAUGGCACCUUAUGAAGCUAUGUAUGGACAAAAAUGUCGUACGCCAUCUGGUUGGCUUGAGGCUGGGGAAAAACAGUUUAUGGGACCGGAGAUAGUCCAUCAAACUACUGAAAAGUUGAAGAUAAUUAGGGAGAGAAUGUUAGCAGCUGAGGAUUGUCAAAAGAGCUAUGCUGACAACAAGCAAAGACCGAUGACUUUUGAAGUUGGAGAUUCAUUUUUGCUUAAAGUCUCGCCGUGGAAGGGACUUAUAAGGUUUGGAAAAAGGGGAAAGUUAAGUCCAAAGUUUAUUGGACCGUUUAAAGUUCUCCAGAGGAUUGGGAACCAAGCUUACAAGUUCGAAUUACCCGAAGAACUGAAUGGAAUUCAUAACACUUUCCAUGUGUGUUAUUUGAGGAAGUUCACGGGAGAAGUUCCCGACAUAAUUCCAAUUUCUGAGUUAAGAAUUGACGAGAACAAAAGGUUAAUUGAAGAACCAGAGGGAAUCAUUGACUGAAAGACUAAGUAGUUGUGACGCAAGAUGGUCGAAUUAGUGCUUGUCCGAUGGAAACAUACAAAUGGGCCAAAUCUCACCUGGGAGACGGAGUGUGACAUGAUGAGUCGCUAUCCGCUUUUGUUCGUUGAUGUGUGAUUUCGGGGACGGAAUCGUCCUAAGGUGGAGAGAAUUGUAACGCCCAUGUUUCUGGGCUAGGCAUUAAUGGCGAUGUAAUAGUCUAGGUUAACCUUUGUAACUCAUUUUGAAAUAAUAAGAAUGUAUUAUUUGAGUAUUAUGUGUUUUAUGCUUAAUUGUGUGGCCUAAUUGAAUUAAGAAUAAAAAUCAGCGUAAAAAUAAAAUGUUAGACAAGACCUAUAUCGAUACAUGAAGACGUAAUAGUCGUUACAAGGUUUCCGAAUAUAUAAAGAAUGCUGAAAUCCGAGUUAUAACGAAGAAGUUAUGACAUGUCGAAAUUUCGCGACAGAACCGACAGGACGCUGAAUGACGUAAAUAUGAAUUUAAGAUAGAGCGGUAUCUAGCCUUAGUGAUCUAAACAAAAGUCGUAGAAUACGUUAAACCGAGAACAUACAUAAAAAGAACGUCUAAAUUUGACUUCGUAUGAGGAAGUUAUGAUUUUUGUAAGUUUUGACUUAGUGGUAUGCAGCCCAAAGUUCGGAUAUGAGAUCGAGUGGUUUCUAGCCGAAACAAUCUAAAUGAGAAUCGAAGAUCUCAUUGAUAGAAUUCCAACGCUAAAAAGACAGACGAAAAUGGACGUCAGAUGAAGAAAUUAUGAUUUUCUAACGGAGUUUUCCUGUCCCAGCCUACUAAAAAUAAUAUAAUAAAAAUAAAAUUCAAAAUUAGCCGACAGAGUCUAAACGAAAGUUGUAGAGCAUAAUCUCACCUACGCGUGGAUAUAAAGAACGUCGAAAACGGAGCUCGUAUGCAAAAGAUAUGAAUUUUUGAAGUUUGAGGCACACAUACCGAAGCUUAUUCGGAGGGAACGCCCCGCGUUCAGAAGGGGGACGACUCAUGUUCGUUUUGCUUGGCCUCGGAUAGGCCACGUCGCCCUUUUGUCACAUAGCCAUCACUUCCGAAGUUCAUAAGCCAUGACGCACCGAAACGCGCUGGAUUCAGAGGGUCAGCCUCCCCCUAUAAAUAUAAAGCAAGGUCUCCGGGAUUUGUUGCUCAUUUCUUCUCUCUCACUCCUUAUUGCCUCAUUUUGCUUACAAUUUAAACCCCCGAAGUCCUGGUAACAUCCCGACACUCGAAGUGAGUCCCGAAGCCCCGAAGAUCCCGAGAAGUAAAGUUUCCGAGCCAAAACUCUGCUCGCGAGAAGCCUGGUUUUUGUGAAGAUCUCUCGGUUUCACCGAAGAAAUACUAUUCUUAGAGCCGUAGUGUUGUCUGAUCAUCUUCUUAUCAACUGAGUGUAUAUUCCUUUUCUUCUAACACAUAGAUACGAAGUAUUCUCUACAAAAUACGUGUUAUGUGUUUGUAUAUUAUUUGCUUAUUUGAAAUAAUUGUUGAAUGAAUGAUUUGUACAAGUUUUAAGCUAUAUAUAAAUGUAUAUAUUUUAUCUACUAAUAUGUUGGGUAGAACAUGGGUAGAUAUUUGUUGUGUGAUGAAAUAAAAUGAUGAGAGUCCUCGGUGUCGAUGUUGUUGUUGAUCUAAUCAUCUAGCGGAGUAUGAAUGACAACCACGGACUCUUGCUAGACUAUCCAGAGUUUGGCAGGUUCAUAACAUGUAGGUGUUGUGAACGAUGUGUUCACCGGUGUACUCUAUCCCCCUCAUGGUUGCCUUUAGGACAUCUAUUGUUGAGGAAACCCUUCGCAGUAAUGUCCAUCCCGAUGAAAAAUCCUAGAUUAGGUCCCUUGUGAUAGUUGUUUUUUUAGGGACGUAAAGUGAGGAUAACAAGAAUGGGUAAUCGGGUUAUUGUUGGUUGGUGAAAUUAAAUAUAAUUAUUUAUUGUGGGUUGAAAACCCUAUAUGCUCACUAGGCUCCCAAGCCUGACCCACUCAGUCUUAUUUGCAUUACAGGUAGUGGCGUGAGGGCAUAAUAUGGAUGAAUCAUCAAGUUGUUUUGUUUAUAGGCCUGUAGUUGUAUAUAACUGUUUUAAGGCUUAUAAUAUGCAUUUAUGCUUUUGUGUCUGUAUUGUAACAUGACAUCCCGAGUUUUGUUAUAUAUAAAAAUACAUUUUUUUAAGGAAUGCUUUGAUAAAUUUUAUUUAUCAUAUUUUGUUUUGGGAACAAAUUCCGUAACUCUUUUAAAUCAAAGGAUUACUCUGAAAAUUAUUUUAAAAGAAUAAAUUAAAUCGGUCUUUUCUGGCCGUGAUUUUGGGGAUGUCACAAGUAGUACGCGUUUCCCUGAUUCCGAAAAUAUAAAGAACGUCCAAAAUGGAGUUCAUAUGCAAACGAUACGACCGUUUUUAGAAUCCAAAACUUGUAUUAUACUGAUUUUCUUAAAAACUGUCAAAACCGUUUCUAACCGUUGAGGGACUUGCACAGCUCAAAUGGAAAUUCCGAAAGCAUUUUUAGUCUAAGGUUAUUGCCUACUAUUUAAUUUCAAAUUUGAAAUAUUUUUGAUAAUAAAAUAUUUAUCAAAUUUGAAAAAUCAUUCGUUUUCAGAUUAUUAUUCGUGAAACCUUAAACAGUUGAUUUCGAUAUAAUUUCAAUUAUUGGUAAUGUAUCCCGGAAUAAUAUAUAUAAAUAUAUAAACCCAAUCUGGUUGAUGAAAAUUUUGAAGAUGGAAAUGACACAAUAUUUCAAAAAUUGGUGCAUAUAUUCAUAUUUAAGGAAACAUAUUUUUAUAACGAUUAAAGAUUUAAUUGGUAUAUGGUAACCCUAUUAAAGUGACAAACAAUUGUAGACAAAACUAAUAAACUGUAUUAUUAUUUAUGCAGACACGAUUAAAUAAUUAUAAGAAAUAAGUUAAUAAAAAUUGAGGAAACUUUAACCUUUAAGCAGAUUACUAUAUAAAGUC